AUGGUCUCCCCAACAGGAUCCCCACUCACUGUCUUUCAUCCUUCUGCAGGGGAAAUUUGUGCGUUCAAGAUCCAUGGCCAGGAGCUGCCCUUUGAGGCCGUGGUGCUGAACAAGACAUCGGGAGAGGGCCGGCUCCGUGCCAAGAGUGCCAUCGACUGUGAGCUACAGAAGGAAUACACGUUCAUCAUUCAGGCGUAUGACUGUGGCGCAGGGCCCCGGGAGACGGCCUGGAAGAAGUCACACAAGGCUGUGGUCCAUAUCCAGGUGAAGGAUGUCAAUGAGUUUGCUCCCACCUUCAAAGAGCCGGCCUACAAGGCCAUCGUGACAGAGGACAAGAUCUAUGACAGCAUCCUGCAGGUGGAGGCCAUCGACGAGGACUGCUCCCCCCAGUACAGUCAGAUUUGCAACUACGAAAUUGUCACAACGGAUGUGCCUUUUGCCAUCGACAGAAAUGGCAAUAUCCGGAACACCGAGAAGCUGAGCUAUGACAAGCAACACCAGUACGAGAUCCUAGUGACCGCCUACGACUGUGGACAGAAGCCCGCUGCUCAGGACACACUGGUGCAGGUGGACGUGAAGCCAGUCUGCAAGCCUGGCUGGCAAGACUGGACCAAGAGGAUUGAGUAUCAGCCUGGCUCGGGGAGUGUGCCCCUGUUCCCUAGCAUCCACCUGGAGACAUGCGAGGGGGCCGUGUCCUCCAUCCAGAUCACCACAGAGCUGCAGACCAAUUACAUUGGGAAGGGAUGUGACCGGGAGACCUACUCAGAGAAAUCCCUUCAGAAAUUAUGCGGAGCCUCCUCUGGCAUCAUCGACCUCUUGCCAUCUCCCAGCGCUGCUACAAACUGGACUGCAGGACUGCUGGUGGACAGCAGCGAGAUGAUCUUCAAGUUUGAUGGCAGGCAGGGUGCCAAGAUCCCUGAUGGGAUUGUGCCCAAGAACUUGACGGACCAGUUCACCAUCACCAUGUGGAUGAAACAUGGCCCCAGCCCUGGCGUGAGAGCUGAGAAAGAAACCAUCCUCUGCAAUUCAGAUAAAACUGAAAUGAACCGGCACCACUACGCCCUGUACGUGCACAACUGCCGCCUCGUCUUCCUCUUGCGGAAAGAUUUCGACCAGGCAGACACCUUCCGGCCUGCGGAGUUCCACUGGAAGCUGGACCAGAUUUGUGACAAAGAGUGGCAUUACUAUGUCAUCAAUGUGGAGUUUCCUGUGGUUACCUUAUACAUGGAUGGAGCAACGUAUGAACCAUACCUGGUGACCAACGAUUGGCCCAUUCAUCCAUCUCACAUAGCCAUGCAACUGACUGUCGGCGCAUGUUGGCAAGGAGGAGAAGUCACCAAACCACGGUUUGCUCAAUUCUUCCACGGCAGCCUGGCCAGUCUCACCAUCCGCCCUGGAAAAAUGGAGAGUCAGAAGGUGAUUUCCUGCCUGCAGGCCUGCAAGGAAGGGCUGGAUAUUAAUUCCCUGGAAAGCCUCGGCCAAGGAAUAAAGUAUCACUUCAACCCCUCACAGUCCACGCUGGUGAUGGAAGGUGACGACAUUGGGAACAUCGACCGUGCCCUCCAAAAGGUCUCCUACAUCAACUCCAGGCAGUUCCCGACCGCGGGUGUGCGGCGCCUCAAAGUCUCUUCCAAAGUCCAGUGCUUUGGAGAAGAUGUGUGUAUCAGUAUCCCGGACAUGGACGCCUACGUGAUGGUGCUGCAGGCCAUUGAGCCGCAGAUCACCCUACGUGGCACCGACCGCUUCUGGAGACCCGCGGCCCAGUUCGAAAGUGCUCGCGGAGUGAUCCUCUUCCCCGACAUCAAGAUCGUGAGCACCUUCGCCAAAGCUGAGGCCCCAGGUGACUUGAGGACCACAGCCCCCAAAUCAGCUGUCUUAGAAGAGAUGCUUCACAACUUAGAUUUCUGUGACAUUUUGGUGCUGGGAGGGGACUUGGACCCAAGACAGGAGUGCUUGGAGCUUAACCACAGCGAGCUGCACCAGCGACACCUGGACGCCACCAACUCCACUGCAGGCUACUCCAUCUAUGGUGUGGGCUCCAUGAGCCGUUAUGAGCAGGUACUGCGUCACAUCCGCUACCGCAACUGGCAUCCGGCUUCCCUUGAGGCCCGGCGGUUCAGGAUUAAGUGCUCAGAACUUAAUGGGCGCUACACCAGCAAUGAGUUCAACCUGGAGGUCAGCGUUCUUCAUGAGUUCAGAGUUUCAGACAAGGAGCAUGUCAACCACCUUAUCAUGCAGCCUCCUUUCCUCCAGUCAGUCCACCACCCUGAGUCCCGGAGUAGCUUCCAGCACAGUUCAGUGGUCCCAAGCAUCGCCACAGUGGUCAUCAUCAUCUCCGUGUGCAUGCUAGUGUUUGUCGUGGCCAUGGGCGUGUACCGGGUCCGGAUCGCCCAUCAGCACUUCACCCAGGAGACUGAGGCUGCCAAGGAGGCCGAGAUGGAUUGGGACGACUCUGCGCUCACCAUCACAGUCAACCCCAUGGAGAAACAUGAAACGCCAGGGCGUGGGGAGGACGAGACCGAGGAAGAGGAGGAGGAAGAGGAAGUAGAGGAAGACCUCAGCUCCGGCAGCAGCGACUCAGACGACAGCGACGAGGAGGAGGUGGAGGAAGGGGUGGGCAGGGGCAGACACGGGCAGAGUGGAGCCAGGCAAGCCCAGCUGGAGUGGGACGACUCCACCCUCCCCUACUAGCGCCCAGCUGUCUGGGCCCCCCAUCUUCCCUUUUGUAAGCCCCACCUGAUGUAUGCCGAGCCUGUCACCGUCACCUCUGAUUUCUAUGACAGCCUGGGCAGGCCUGCCCCAGCCUCCUGGAACCUGCCUACACAGCUUGGGCGCUCCUGGUGUCCCAGCCCUGGGGUGGUUCCAACAAGCCCAGUGUCAUCCUCAAUGGGGACUUCAGGGUGGACCUUGUCCUGCAACCCCCACUGUUCCUACCCUGGGCCCCCCAGCAUUCUGUCAGCCAAUCUGCAGAGUUCUGCUUUUGCUCUUCUCUACAGGGGAGAAGGGCAGCCUCUAUGUCACUCACCUCCCCCAGGCUCCGUGUUCCCCAGGCCCUUGGUCUGCAACUCACUGUGUGUCCCUGACUCGGUCAUCUCUCCACACACACCAGCAGGUUCUCCUUACCUGACACUCCAGGUGGUUUCGUUCAUGCAGAGUGGUCAGGUUUUACGUACCUGAGGUCUUGGUCCUUAACACUUCCAAGAAAAGUCUUUGUCAAAGCAGAAUGAAGUUCAUAGGAAGAGGUUCACACACACACAUACACACACACUCUCCCCAGUUUGGAAAGCCUUUCCUUUUGAACUUUCUGAGCCAUAUAAACUUAUAUGAAAAGUCUAAAAUCUUGGCCACAGCUGGACCUGGUCACCAACCAAAGCUAUCUCAGUCGGCCUGCCUGGGCAGCUGCUGAGACCCCCAUGGCUGCCCUGCUGGGGGCUCUCAGCCCAUGAACCCAUAGGAUCCAGGAAGCAUUCCACACAGGUACUGCCCCCAGGUGACGGCUAUGACAAGCCUGCAGCCAGGGAUCAGAAGGAAGGGCUGAUGAGGUGACAUCACUGGGCUUCAUGGUGGGCUCAGAUCUGGGAGACAUGGAGUGGCUGGGUUCUCCCAGGCCAGAGGGCGGCCCGAAGUUGACAAGGCUCUCACCACUUAGGCUUAUGGUCCCUCAGCCCCCAUUUCAGACUGGUUUGCCUCUUAAGAAAAUACAUUCUUCUUGGGUGUACUAGAACAAAUGUGAACUGCAUCGAGUCUAAAAUGAAAGUUUGGAAAUGUAACUGCUAGGAAUUAGAAGCAUCUUUGUGAUAAUAACAGCUGCUGCUUCUUCUCAUAAAAAGAGCAAUGCGUUGGGUGGAGGGCUAACUAAAAACUUUAUUUAUUUAUUUAUUUAUUUAUUUAUUUAUUUAUUUCUUCUUUUUUUAAUAAGGAAAUCUUUUCCAUCUCCUUCCUAACAUGGACACCUCAUGAGGCGAAUUGUUGCUAUAGUAACUGGUCUGUGAUCUUUUGGGGCCAAGAGAAUAGCAGGCAAGAAAUAGGGCCAUUAGAAGACUUCCACGAGGCUCGAAUGUCUUGGGCUUUGUCCUCAGUAUGUGUGAUCUGUCCCUGGCCUCCCAGCCUUCCCCAGCCCCGCCCAUAUUGGCUUGGCACAGGCACAGAGCUGGUCCCUAGUCACAGUGGCAUUCAGGUUCAAAAGCAAGUUCGGAAUCUGUUCGUUCUCCUCCCUAUGUCAUCAGAACAGUGCUUAUGAAGGGGAACCGCUGUCAAUGUCCUCUUGUCUGACCUUCACCCAGUGAGGACCCAUGAUAGGCCUUUGCAACCUUCUGAUUCCAGAAAACUACCUUAUGCAGCUUUUUCCAUCUCCUAAAGUGGUUUUUGCAUCUGUUCCCUCCUUUGAUCCUCACAGUAAUUCUGUGAGGUAGUUGGGACAUCUGUUGUCAGGCACAUUUUCAUUAUGAGUAAAGUGAGGUUCAGAGAGUCAAGCGUCUUGCUCAGAGUCAUUCAGAGAUAUACAAGACUAGACUCCCCCCUUUUCACUCCUGGUCUGAUGCCCACCACCCUGAUUCCACUUGUGUUAAUAUUUACAGAGCUAACAGGCAUUGCUGAGGACCUACUAUGUGCUGUACAGUCGACCAACGGCUGUGAGAAAAGGAUAAAGCUGAAUAAAAUGAGCUCCUUGCCUCAGAGGAUGAGAUGAUGGCAGAGGAGAAAAAGGGGGCAUAGAAAUUAUACAAGAGACAAUGGAGAGGGAGGGAGAGGAGUCCCAGGAAGAAGGGGGCACAUUCACACACUCCGCCAGGGCUCUCAUUUUCCCUUCUUAGGGAAAAACGCAGGCAGAAGUUUGGGGUUUUAUAUUCCUUGAAUGGAAAUAGACACUUCUGUGAAUUCUCCCAACCAAAUAGCCUUUUAUCAUCAGGCUGUGUCUGCACAUCUACCAGGAGAAAAUCUGUGGGACUGCAUUGUCCUCACAGUCCCCUUAGUUAAAUAAAAGGAGAUUCUAGGAGCUCGCCGAAUUCUCCCAAAAUUGUGGCAGUAAAAUGAAUACUUUAUACGUUUAAAACCAAUUCUUUCUGAAUUGGACUUUGAUUUAAACUAUGUAAGUCCAGCGUUCAGGAGAGCACUUUUCUCAGCUCAGCCUUUCAGUUUGGUGGGGGUGGGGAAGGUGUUUUGCCCUCUGGCUAUCUCAGAUCGCCACAUCACUUAUUCAUGGUUGAGCAGCUGUUUGGGGAGUGUAAAAUCUUUCUGUGUUUUGGGGGCUUGGCAGGGAGGGAGCAGGUGAAAGUGGCACUUGGCUGGGGCAGUAGAGUCGCGGACCAGACUCAUAGAGAAACAACAAGGUCACAUCAGAGCCAUUUCCAUCAACUCCUGCUGUGGGAGGUCACACUCGGCAUGCCAGUUCAGAGAGGAGGCACUUGAAACAGUGUUGCUUUGUAGAAGGGCAUUUGUCAUGUUCCCAACACCCUGCUCAUCACCAUGGUGAGGACAGAAGGGGGCGGGGGGAGUAUGUAAAAGUAGCAGAAGCAUCAGGGGUGAUCCAGGUGAACUGUGAGUAAUGUCACUUGCCCUCCACCCAAUAUUCUAACCACAAGUGGAAAAUGUCAUUAAUCAGCCUAGCAUUUUCCAGGCUCCAUAUGUUGGCAUCUGGGAACCAGGACUCCCAGAUGACCCCAACAUGCAGUGGCCUCUCAUCCAGUCGUCAGCAGCAGCAGAUGCAGAUUUGAACCCGGGAAGAACAGCUGACGGGUUUGGCCAGAGGCCAGACCACUGCUUAUCUCGCCAAGUGCAUGAACAGAUUCUGCUCUCUGGAGUUUGAGACUGACACCUCUCAAGUGAGUCAGGUGACAGGGAGGAGGAGACAGAAAGGUCCAGCACAGAAUGAGUUACCCCAGUGGAGUAAAGCAAUCAACGAGUGGCCACCUGCCUUAAAGAAUGCUAAAAGUAUAUUCUAGUAGGUUUAAUCAAAUGCUAUACACCUGACCAAGGCCCAAUCACAAAAUGUGAUUUCAGUGGGAUCUCUUUUCCCGACCACUUUCUUGAACGUAUUCAAUCAUCCUGUGGAGCAGAGCUGAGACCACACACCUGUGCAUGUAGCAAGGGCUAUACCUUGUAGACACGGGACCCUCAGGGGGAAGGGCUCCUGGUGCGAAGCAACGUUCUUCAUUUCUGUACAUCCAGCAGGGCUUGGCAAGCUUUAUUAUAAAGAGCCAGGUAGUAAAUGUUUGGGGCUUUGCAAGUCAUAUGGUCUCUGUUGCAAAUAUUCAACUCUGCCCUUGUAGCAUGAAACCAAUCACAGACAAUACUUAAACAAAUGAAUAUGGCUAUGUUCAAAAAAAAAAACAACACCUUUAUUUAUGAACACUAAAAAAAUCAGGCCAGUUGAAUUCAUAUUAUUUUCACAUGUCAUGAAAUUUUAUUGCUCUUUUGAUUUUUAUUUCCAACCAUAUAAAAAUGGAAAAAACUGCCUGGUCCCAUGGGUCAUACAAAAACCAGCAGCCAGCCAGAUUUGGCUCCCGGGCUGCAGUUGGCACACCCCUACCCUAUGUGCAUGGAAAGCAGCCUUCUAUCUCCCGAAGGAAAGCAAAUUGCUCUCUUAGACCCUCCCUUAAACUACCCAGUGGUCUUUGCCUCUAAAAUGAACAACUAACAACACCACAGUCUUUAAUUAAGCUGUUUUAAAAGUCCGUGUUCCAGGGGAAAAUAAAAACAAAAACCACUUGUUACUUGUUGAAUUGACUCAGAUGCAGGCAAGCAUCUAUUAAGAGCUGAAGGCUCUAAGCCCAGGGACUGGCUGACCACUGAGCUCACCCCACUGAGCUGAGGGCGAACUCCCAGGCACCAGGCCUUCUCUGCAAGACCCAGCCCAUAAUGAUUUCUAAGUAGGAGUGUUCAUUAUCUCAGACUGAUUUUUCCAUUUCAGCCCGGCUCAUGCCAUCACUCUAAAAAUGACCCUAAAGAUUUGUGACUGCUACAAUCAAUAGCAACAUAAUCAGUAGAAAGCCCAACCCAGCACACUUCAAAAUUAGCAGUCUUCUUGGCUUUAUGAUUCAAUAUUAAUAAGAGGAAGAAAGGAAGACUUUUUCUUCACCAUCCCCUCAUUUAAAUUAACUAAAUCGGUUUUACAAAGAAAGUGAGGGAGUGGUUCUAAUUCUCUGGAAGAAUUUACCAGUGCAAAGUAGGUACUUUUCAGGUAGGCGAAUUCUCAGGCCUUUGGAAGAUCCCCACAGCCCCCGGCCGCGUGCUCUGGCGGGCUGCUGCGGAUGGUACACGAUUCUCUGUCUACAUCAGACGUUUAUCGAGGCUGACAAGCCAAAGCCCUUGGCACAAUUUAAUUUUCGUGUAACCGCUUUCCGUUGUCCAGCUGUAGACAAAGGAAAUGAGCAAUGAAAGUUUGGAAGUCUGCUCCAGCACCUUCAUUUCCCUGUCUUUAUUUGCUUUGCUUUGUAAAUUUAUUCUGUACCUGCCAUAUAGAUCCUGCUCUAGCUUUCUUGUUGGCACCAGCUGGAGAGGAGAGUGGGCUUUAUAAGGGCUAUGGAUCCAAAGCCAGACUUAACUAUCCCAGGGAGACAAAAAGAGACAAAAGAAGUUACCUCCACUGGCACCCCAGAAGUCUAGCAGAUUUUGCCUGUAUGCCAUCGGCGAACAGAUGGGGUUCUGUGUUUGCAGCUAUGUUCGAUGUAAUUCAGCAAAUCCUUGCUGAGGGCCUGUGGUGUGCAGGGCCCUAUGCCAGGAACAGGGGAAGGGAAGAUGAGUGAGGCGUGGCCCUGCACAUGAGGACCUCCUGGUCUUGCAAACUGUCGGGGUGUUUCCUUUGUAGUGUUGGAGGCUGUCUGUGAAUAGUCAGAACUGCUGGGGACAGGAGUUUGGGGUUAGGAGAGGUGGGAUAACUUACUUUGGCCGUUCUCCUCCCUGAGUCAGGUGGUAGGACCUGACACAUGGCUGAGCCAACCGAGGUGCUCUCGAGGGAAGCAGGCAAUGCUUCUCUCUGUGUUUCUUAAUUCUACCCCAGCCUGACUCAGUUCACUUGUAGAUGAAAGCCUGCCUCCUGGGCCAAAAUAACAUGGCUGAGAUGUAGUGAAACUAGGCCAAAGGAAAUUCUUAAGGAUGCACGAACGGCAGGCGGCCAGACCUCGAAGUUCCGAAGGGCAACCCAGAUAAAGGGCCAGCAUGAGCCCAGACCCAAAGACAUGAGACAGCCUGAUGUGAGGGAGCACCCCUGAGGCCCCAAGUCAAAGCUGAAGGAGGGGAAAGGGCCUAACUUCUGAGGGUUCACACUUGACUCUGCAGUAGACGUUCUCAAGGUGCAUCCCUGGACCACAGCAUCAGCACCACCUGAAAAUGAAUGAGACAUGCAGACUCUCAGGCCCCACCCAUAAACCACUGAAUCAGAAACUCCAGGGAUGGGGCCCAGCUGGACAGCGGAAAGCGGUUACAUCUGUGUUUUAAUGAGCCCUCCGAUUCUGAUGCCCACUAAGGUUUGAGAACCAUGGUUGUGGAGGAUGAGGAGACUGACUUCAGCUGGCUUUGGGAGGAGAUGACUAUUAACAAGACAAAAUAAUCAACUAUUCGUGUAGUGAGGAGAGGGGAUAAAGCAGACGACCCACCCACCCUCUAGGGCCCUCCAAGCUCCAAUCCGUACCCCCAGAGGUUUCAGGGAAUCCUGGUCCUGGUCCAGGAGUCACUUCCUGCUGGUCUGUCCCCUUUCAUCCUGGAGAGGGACACAGUCCAGGAGAGACUGUAGUGAGGCCACCCAUCCCAAGGGAGGUCACCAUCCAGGUCCCUCCUCAAGGGCUCUACUUUAGAGGCAAACCAUUAAUCUGUAGCAAUGACCCCGCAGCACCGGGAGAACUGGUCUCCACACAGCCCCUGUGCUGGGGGAGCCACCGGGACCUGGCAGACAGUGGAGUGAGGUCAUUUCAGGACACCGCCAGGUUGCUGCACCACUGCGCCGUGUGUGACGGGACCGCGCCAUGCAGCGUCCUCAUCCAGGCACUAAAUUGGAUGGGAAAUAAAUGGCUUUUCUUGGAAGGGCAGUAACUCAUUCUGGAUGCCACUGAAAGUAGAAAACAAAAACCAAAACCAAACCUGCAGCCCUCCUUGCAGACAUUCUGUCUCGGCCCUUGAAUUUCUAAGACCUGCCAAGGUGCCAGGCUCCACCCAUGCCCUUUUCCCCUUUGACCAGAUGCCUGGGGUCCACCAAUUGAUUUUGGGUUUUUUUUUAUUUAUGGCUUAAAUUGUGAAGCUCCACAAACCUUUGGGAGGACUAGUUGGUGCUCUGUCAGUCAUUGACAGCUAACUGUGGUGCAGAAUCUGUCCUUGUAUAAAAAUUUCUGAGGCUGAGAGUCAGAGGACCAGGGUGCUGGGCCUUGGGGUGGAAGAACUAAAAAGAAACAAAGUGGGAAGGAGUCCAGACACGUGGCCUUGGAGAGCGAGCUCCUGCUGUUUAGUUCCUACGAACCGGAAUUCCCUCCAGAUCAGAGACACAUUCCUGGUCUUCUCAGCAGUCUCCUUGCUGAAUCCUCCCAAAUGCCCUAGCGGACACCUCCAUUGCACCAGCCCAGCCUGGAAAAGGUCUUCUGAUUAAAUGCCCAACCAAUCUUUUGAGACCACAGAGAUCAUAUCGAGAGUAACUCACCUCUAACAGAUUAGAACAUGCUAACAAGAAUGAAUAGGGCUUGCCAGCCUCUGGCCGGUGAGAGAGCUUGGGAAAGCCAGACCCAAGAGGGGGAGGUGAAAUGUUUCUUCAUGCCACUGAGACCCAGAAGAGUUUUUUUCUUUACUGCCCGGCCUCUCUUCGUGAAUUCUCAAAAGAAACAUUUCUUUCCCAAGACUUUAAGCCAAUUGUAUGUGUUACCCUGAAGUUAGUGAUUUAUUGCUAAAGCCUCCGAAGGACAAGGAGUGAGAUGUCAGGCAGCUGAUGGCGAGACCUUUGGUAGUUCUGGAAUCAGGGUGAGCUCUGGUCUCGUUGGCAGGCCUGGGCCUGUGUAGUCAGGUAAAACAGGAAGACAUUGUGGACUGAGGGUGAGGAGCUCAGACCCAGCCAGGACACCAGGUGGAGUGAGUGAGUAGUGAGAGGGCUUUCAUUAGGAAGGCUGGGCACAGGUGAGACCUACAUGGUGUGUCCCUGGGCAGACCCUAUCAGCCAUUUACAUUUGUCAGAAAUGCAGAGAGAACCAUGUCCCGACACCCGCUAAUGUGUCCCAUUCUAAGGCGCACAGAGGAGCUGGUACCUCUGGGCCACAGAGGUGACAUAUCUCCAGAGUCAAGGUCCCACUCCAUGAGAACUUUCAGCUGAGGGAAAUGGAACCAUAGUCGCCCUCACUUCCCAGGCUCCCGGUGGGGUGCCUGAGCAGGACCCUGGAACACAUGGUGUGUGAGUGCAGUAUGGCUCCCCAACUCUCUCCUCCCCUGCUGUCACAGGCCCCUUCCUCAAGGCAAGAGGAGUCACUUCUCUAUCACAGCACCCUGGUUGUCUAGCAUGGCACUUGGCCCAUAGCACAUGCUCAGUAAACGCUGAAGGACAUGGAAAACCAGAGAUCCUUGGACCUCAGUGAAUGGACAAGGUUUGAAAAACUAAGAUGCUCCAGUGGAAAAAGACUCUUCCACCUUUUCCCUGAGUGUAUAAGUUGAGGUCCUUUCUAAAGUCAGAUCUAAGAGGAGUGGAAGAGCAGUCGGGGGAGGAUAACAUUCCUGCUUAACCAAUGGGAAAAGAACAGGAGUAGGGUUGUUGGGAGAGUGACCCCUUCCCAGCUAUAACCAGUCAAAGGAGUCCCAAGCAAGGAGCCGGGGUGGAUGAGCCUUGAUGAGCCCACUGGCUCUGCCCAACAGGCCAUGGGCAGCGUCCCAACAGAUGAGAGAGAGCCCUCAUCUGUUCAUGACCUCAGCUCUGUGCUCCUCUCCAGUCCUUUUUAUCAGAUCCACUGCAGAGGAGAUUCAUCAAGGUGAAGCUCAAUUCUCAAUAGACUAAUGAAAAGAGGGCAACAGACAUGCGAAGAGCCAAAAUGCAGACAGUGUGUAUUAAUCACAGGCAACAGAAACAUGUCAGGUUUAAUGUCUAUUUGCUUUUAUCUUGAAAUGAAAAUGCAUCUCUGCUGCCCAGACCCUUUUUUCUGAGCAUUUCAGAACAGAAAUGUGACACACACACACUCGUACAACACACACACACACACACACACACACACACACACACACAUAAACGUUGAGGGUUCUUUUCCCCAACAGAAAGAACUACCAGAGAAAUGAGCCUACAGGUUAUGACUAUUUGCAGAAGCAGAGCACCAACCUCAAGUCUCAGCUACAGACACCAUUCCCUGUGUGGAGAAGCGGGGAGGAGGGACAAGGAGGCACCUGCCCUUGGGAAGGGUUCAAGAGGAUCUGUGUGAUGAGGUGCUCUGCUUGUGCCUAUGGGUCAUGGAUGUGAAUAGAUCAUGAACAUCCACCCCUGGAGACAGAAGUGCAUGCAUCCUGGCCAACGUGGAACACCCACCCCCAGCUCUCUUCCACGGCUGCAAAGGAGUCACUGAUGUGUGGGAUUCAGAAGAGAUCGUGCUCAUUGUCACUAGUAAAUUUCAAGGGGUGGAAAUAAGGCAAAAGCUUUUUGGAGGUCAGGGAGUGAGCCUUGAUACCCAGGGCUGAUCACUCAAAAAGCAAGAAAAGAGAGAUGGAGGUGACUCAGAGUUGGAGAGGGAACAGGUGAGGCUAAAUAGGAGUGACAGCAACCAGAACACCCCUCACCCAGGAAGCCAGAACGUGGCUUUGUCUUGAAGGCUGCACCCAAUAUCCAAGUUUCAGGAAACUCUGGGUACAUCUGACAGCGUGACCACAGAGGCAGUCAAAUCAAUUGCUUCCAAAGUCAAAGCUAUUAAAAGGUGAUUUCAGCUCUUAAUUGAACUAGUCGUGAUGGCUCAAGCCACCUGAUUGCUUUCAUCCUGACCUCAGUAGCUUCCAAGAAAGAUUAUUGGUGCCUAGAGAGAUAGGCUUGGGAGGAAACUGAAGAAACCCAGUUGGUGAGUUUAGAAAAGAAAGCACAUGUGGAAGUUGGUUGUUGUCAAAGAAACCUGUAGGUAUAAAGUUGGGUGUGUUAUGUUAUCGGCAUGGACAUGAUAAUGUCAGUAAGGUAAGAUUUGGAAUGACUUGGUGGCACAUUAGUUUGGAAAAUUAAUUAAUGUAUUAAAUAUAAAUUAUCAGAGAUAAAUAGGCUAAGGACAGCUAAAUAUAUGUCAUAUACAUAUCUAUAAUGGAGAAAUAAGUAAGAUAGAGAUUGAAGAUGUUGACGGUCCUAACACAUUUUAAAUUCCUUAGAAGCACUGGUUUGGAUGUUACACUUUUUCUUGCUGUUUACUUUUAGCUCUCAAAGCUCUGAGAACAGUGCCUGGCACAUAGUGGAAGUUUGGUAAGUGUCUGGAAAUUGAAGGUCCAGCCUAUCACAGCUCGGUAGACACUCAGUAGUAUCACAAUAUCCCAAAUUAAAUGAGCCACAGAGAAGCUCAACCAAUACCCCCUCCUAGAUCAUCACCACCUGACUGAGGAGAAGCUGUUGGAAUUCAGACUCGGUGCAGUGUCCAGCCAGCUGCAGGCUUUGGGUCUGGCUCUCCAGUGACGAGCAGUGACAGGAUGUCGCAGAUAGUGGGUUCAUGCCACUUAGACCACAUCUGCAUAACACCCAGCAAGCUAUUUCUACAGGAAAUGGGGUUGGGGCUUCCCUUCUAUCGCCUCUGCCAUUUCCUAAACACUUGGUGAAAAUGCUGUUGAAUUUAGCCAACAUCAGGCAGAACUCUGGAACUAAAUAUAAAGGCCAGUCUGAAAGGUCCAGUGGUUUCUUCUCUCAGCCCUUCCCUUCUCCCAUUUCUGGAGAUGCCACCACAAUUUGGAAGUCUUGGACAGCUGUUUAUUCCCAGCUGCCAAUCACAAUGUGUGUGAAAAAGGUCUGAGAUAAAGAGGUGGGUGUUCUCUCUUCAAAGACUCUGCAGUGUUGACACUGCAGAGAGAGGUAGGAGCAGCAGCCUCAUGUUACAGAAUCACCUUCAAUCACUGUUGCUAUCUGGGCAGUUACUGCCGGUCUGGCCCAGGUGUCUCCCACCGUGGCUGGCUGUGCCUCCAGGGGUGGGUCAGUGUGUACCUGCUGCACGUCAGAUUUCUGAGCCCUUCCAGCUGCCUCACAGAGUGAAUCCUUUUAGUCUAGAAAAUGUGUUUAUUUGCUAAAUAUACUAUUGUGUGUGUAUGAGUGUGGUGCAAUGCCAACUUUGGACUAUCUUGUUAGAAGGACUGUAUGCAUUUACAGAAUGUGGAAUCUAAUUUCGGGAGAGUAUGUUGUCAUCUUGCUCCAUGAAUGAGAUUGCUCAGUCUCAACAGAUCAGAGAAAAUGCUCUGUCCCUCCCCACACCUCUCUCAGCACCCCUCCCCUGCCUAAUGAGCUGUCCUAUCUGAUUCAGGCUGACAUGGAGUAAGGGGCGCUGAGAAUCUGUAUGUAUAUAAAGACAUAGGAAGAAGUAAGAACAAUCACGGGCAUCUGUUGGGCUUCUCCCCAUGACUGUGGUCUUAUCCAAGUUGGAAUCACAAACUUAAAAUUUCAAACAAUUAAGAUUCUUGCCGUCUCCAAGUAAUUUGUUAAAUGCUAUUCAACACAGACAGAUAUUUAUUUUCAGCCUUGGCUUGUAAAUACCUACAAACUGAUUCAUGUUGGUGGUCAUUAUGACACUUUCUGUGAAUUGGUGAAUAAAUAUGAUUUUAGAAUUUCACAGUAAA